GCUAUGAUCACCGUCCAAUACGAGUUAGCCUUGCUUUAGAGGGAGAUGAUCCAAAUAGAGGAAGAUAUUAUUUUGACAAACGUAUGAUGCAACGAGAGGGUAUUAAAGACAUCAUCAAGUUAGGCUGGUGUGGAAGUGGAGACGAUCUAUCGAGAAAUCUCCAAAUGGAUUAUAUCUGCGGAUUUGAACUCUCAGGAUCA